AUGUAUCCUUCGUCUUUUCGUGCUUUUUCGGCGUCGCUCAAACCAUUCAUUCGUGCUAGACGCUUUGCAUCUACAAUACCUGUGGUGAUCAGUGGCCCCAGUGGCACUGGCAAGUCCACUCUCCUGGGCCGCCUCUUCAAGGAGUUCCCCGACAAGUUUGGUUUCUCCAUCUCCCACACAACCCGUCAACCGCGCGCUGGUGAGCAGGACGGCCGCGAAUACUACUUCACUACCAAGGAGGCUUUCCUCGAACUCGUUGCCGCCGACGGCUUCAUCGAGCAUGCCCAAUUCAGCGGAAACCAUUACGGAACCUCCGUGCAAGCCGUCAAGAACAUCGCCGAGAAGGAGCGCAUCUGUAUUCUGGAUAUCGAGAUGGAGGGCGUGAAGCAGGUCAAGAAGACCGACCUGAACGCGCGGUUCAUGUUCCUCGCCCCUCCUUCGUUGGAGGAGUUGGAGAAGCGCCUUCGUGGCCGCGGCACCGAGACCGAGGAAUCUCUGGCUAAGCGAUUGGCACAGGCAAAGAACGAGCUGGGAUUUGCCAAGCUGCCUGGCUCUCAUGAGAAGAUCGUUGUCAACGACGACGUUGAGAAGGCGUAUACCGAAUUGAGGGAUUGGAUUGUUGACGGUGGUCGCUUCGGCGCAUAG